AUGCAGGAAAACAAACCGCCAAAGAAAACAAUACAACGAGGGAAGUUUUCAGUGUCAAGGUCUUUCUCCCGUAAGAACGGUGGCCACCAAUGCGAAACCUCGUCUCAUGCGUCGAACUCAUUACGUGUUCGAUUUGCUCUGCCAGAGAAACAUUCGGAGCAAGCGGAUGAAACAACCAACAAAGCCAUGAUCGCUUUACCGAACCUUCCUUCCAUAUGUGAGUUUAUAAUGUUCUCAAACAACCGGCCAACGACGCAACCUGCAAAGCAGUUGUGGCCGCUCACAAAACUUCCACCCAUGUAUGGUGGCAACACGAGACAACGAAACACAGCUAAUAAUAUGAGAGUCACAAUUAACUCUGCCAAUUAUGGACUAACAGAGCAUAAGAAAGCACUGGCAAACAAAGGACCUGUUACGUGCUCUAAAAAAGACAUCCGCAUGGAAAUAAAGGGCAAAUUGCCUGAAGACUACCGGAAUCCCACGAUCAAAGAGACCGAAAAAAGAAUUUGGGAUUGGUUAAGCGAAUCAGUAGAACACCAACCGGCCUAUAUGCGGCGCGCAUAUACUAUUAGAAAAACUAUGGAAUCGAACCAGUCGGGUGACACGCAACGUCAAACAUUUCAACAAAAGUCGACCCUAGCACAAAAAAAUUAAUUUACACUCAGCUAGAAGUAAACUUAUUAAUGGCGCUUGAGUUUUUUUAUGGUUUACUCACUAAGAAAAUUUACUAACUUCUUCUUUUGUGUUUUCUAUGUGGUUUGUUCAUUGUUUUGUGGUUUAUCUAAGUCUGGAUGUUGUUUUACACGCAACGAAAAAUGAAACUGUCAUGAAAUUUUCCUAUUGUAAGUUAUCAUCAAAUUUUCUUACAACUAGCACGACAGGUUUCAUAAUGAGGAUAUCUAAACACUUCUAGAUACUAGUUCUGUACCAGUUCUGUGCUAGUCAUAAAUUCAAGUAAAGAAUGUCACUCAUAAAAAAUAAGGUACACAAAGAGCUUAUUCUUAGCGAAUUUAAAAACUCAAUUAACCAGUCAAGCAAACAACAAACUGCCUGUAAAACAAAUUGUAAAGCUUAUGGUCAGUGGUUAACGACGUUAAGGUGUAUUGCCAGUCGAAGGCACUCAUCGUCUGAUCUGGUUUGUUUUCUUUAACUGAUUUCCUUUUGAGACAAUUAAGCCAAUGGAGCGAUCCUAUCCCGGAAAUAUUCUUAGUUGAGGUAGUCUGGCGUAAUGUGUCUCUCAAGUUGUAAGUAAACAAGUUAAAGGGAGUGACAUAAAAUUGAGGUGGACCAAAGAACAAAAGAAGUAUUUGACUUUUUUUUAAAAAAAACAGUUUCAAAACUUAAUGGAAUGUUUUACCCGCGCACUAGUAGACACAAUAGUUUAUUGAAACCACAGAAAGCCGAGACUAGCUUGUGCCAUAUAUAAAUCUUGCCGAUUUUUUAAAAUGUUUUGCACUACCUGCAUGUAUGCUUGACUAGUUCUCACAUGGGAAAUUAGGUUGAUGGAAUUGUCCUUUAUGUGAAAGUUAAGUGCAAAACGCUGAAAUGUGAUAACAACUUGCGUAUGCUAAUGAUACCGAGGCCUUAAAGCCAGCAUUUUGAAACAGUCCUCUUCGCGUCAAGGCAUUGUCUAUGCUUACAGAAUCAGAUGACAUUACUUGUAUUUCUUGAAGCUCCUACCAGAUUUUUUUAACACAAGCACAUUCAUUCUGCUAAAUAAAGACUGAACGCUAACAAUAUUAUCACAGUGAAACUAAUCGUACGUAAGAAUUAAAUCAAAGGUACACUUACGAACAUGAAGAUUGAAUUGGUGACCUUUAGUAUUUCUAAGCCAGGAAUUGCCUCCCGACAGCUUGAAAGAAGAAUUUAGAAGUAAUUAUAUAUCAUGUUUUAAUUUUCUCAAUGAUUUUGUUUAUUGACAUAAUUUUAUGAUUCUUUGUUUCAUUGUUAAUUUGAUUGUCAGAGUUAUAUGAAGACAUAAACAUGUGACAGCAUUUCAACCAGGUACCUGAAAUCUCCUUUCGUUAAAAUUUCUAAAAAAUUUUUUUGCCAUGUGCUUUAGGAGAAAGAAUAAAAUAUAUAGUAACAAAAUCCUGGUGUACGCGAGACAGAAGUACUUCCUCAUGUUCAUAACUAUAUUAUGAGCACGAAACUCUUUUCAACAUCAGCAGUAGCGUAUAUCCUGAUUUUUGCUUCAAGUUUUGGCUCGAUAUUCGAUGGUAAGUAGGGAAACGGGGAGCCUCCAAUAGCUUAUUGAUUAUGGUGAUUAUUUUCAGAACUAUGAAAUAUAAUAUAUUAAGAUAACAAAUUGUCACGCGAUUCUGUUUCUUUUUUGUUUAGAUGAAAACGAAAGUCAGGAAGCAUCUACCGCAGAUUUGCUUGAGCUGUACGAUAGACAAAUGCAAGGUUAGAGACAGACAUAUACAAUUUUGUUAAGAACUACAAAUAAGACAUGUUGUCAUGUCUGAAGACAUAAAUGCUAAUCGAAUUCUGGGCUGUAGAUUUGUGCAGGCAUUCGUUCUUAUGUUAGCAAUUUCAUACGCCUGCACUCACUGAAUGCCCCUACCCCCCGAUCGUUAUCAAUCUGUCAAGCCGGCCGGUCAACCGUCUUGCAUUUGUAUCUGUUUGUAUUUCAAUCGCUCUGUGAAUACAUUUUUCCCGAGUCUGCAAAAUAUCCGUGACUGUGCGGUGGAUAGCUUUACCCACCCGUCCUUUCGCAAAAUCAGAGCCUAGCCUUUAUAUUUGCAGGUUAACAAAAUCGAGCAAUGAUUCGUUAACUCACUCGCGCAUACUUGCGUUUGUGAGUUGGCUUCAGCUUGCGUUCUUUUGUUAAUGGCAGCGGUUGGGAUGGCAAAUAGUCGUAACUAAUGGUUCAUCUAUUCCAACGACUCUCCCACCUAUAGAAAUUUUUAAGAUUGAUUCAAUACUUUCGAUAUCAUUAAAAGGACUUAUUAAAAUUGUUACAAGGUGAAAGUGAAAGUUUUAAGAGCAUAAUGGCCCGCGUGCGUGAACUUGAAAAAAACUUUGAUCGACAUCCGCUUGGCACUGUUGGCUUAUGCUGUUGUUUAUUUUCAUUUCUGACAAACGCUGAUGAGUGAAAUAGAAGCAUUUGGAGAGCUGAACCUUGGGAAAGAUUACUUUGAAGGUGACAUGCUACUAACAAAGCACCAAAGAGACAGCAUCCAAAAGUAUUGGCAAGACACGGUCGAUAACACACCAGUGGAGAGGGAUUUCCUGCAGAAUGGUUUUCUACAACUUUGGCUAAACAAUACGGUGCCAUACACCAUAGCACCAAAAAUGCGUAAGGCAGCUUAAUUAAAUUGAAUCCAAAUAUAUAAACAAUUCUAUGACCAAUUCAACUCUGUCCCAUAUGGUGAAAAUGGUAAGAAAUGAUCAGUGACGGUCACAGUAAUGGAAUGUAUUUUUUCACUGGACGGGAGGCCCACAGGAACAUCGUGCCUGGAACUGAAUCACGUAAGCUUGACUCUGGACUGAAUCGAAUUCCAUAGAAAGAAACUCCCAAUUCUACAGUUCCUUAAGUGCAUAUGCAAAUGAGACGCACAUGCCAUGCGUUCACUAAUAUACAUCGCUGUCUGUUAUCUAUUAAAACAUGUCAGGUCAUAAAGAAGGUCAUAAACAAACUUUUGAAGAAGAAAUUAUCCCCAGAGCCAUAUGUUUUACAAUCCAACAUAAUGACGAGCUGAGAUUCAAAAAAAUAACCUAAGCGGUCGUAAACUUUCCAAAAUUAUUAACUUCGAACGUCACAACUUUGAAUCUUGCUCUGCAAAGCCUACCUGUAAAAUAAUGUAGUCUCGCACUCUUUUCUAUCUCUUGGUGAAUUCUUUGAACAGUAUCCUAAAGAGCAUUAUUGAAUCAAUUUAUGAUUAUUUACGACGAGUCGAAAAAUAGCGCUGCUGAUUGUGAGUGUGCUCUCCGCGUCGGUUCCCGCCUUGAAUUGUGUGCGGCCCGCGUUGGUUCCAAUUCCCGCCAUUUAAGUUGAACUCACUUUGAGAUUUCUGACAUACUCCGGAAGCGCAUGCGUCCGCGGCCGGCCAGGUUCCCAAGGAUCGUUCCCAAGUUGUAUGCAAAAUGGCGGCUUCCGGUAAUUUGGUGUUAAUAACUGAGUUGAAAACGAAAAUUCGCCACCAUAAAGAGUUUAAAGGCUGACGUUUCGAGCGUUAGCCCUUCGUCAGAGCGAUCGCUUUACGGUAGCCAAUUUACGUUUUCAAUUCAGUUGUUCACACUAAAUUAUUUGACGUUUAAUAUACUUUUUAUUGCAGGCGAGGCGAGUCUCACAAACAUUCGUGCAGCUAUCAAGGAAUGGCAAGACAAGCUUUGUAUCGUUUUCAAGGAGCGGAGGUUCGAGGAUGACUAUGUGGAGUUUGCAUAUGAGGGAGGGUAGGUAAUAACUCCAAAAAAAAAGAAAAAACGAAGGCAAGUAACGCUCGUGAAUGAAUAAAUGCAGAGCUGGUUAAGAAGAAUUUUUAUGUUAAAGAUUAUGAAUCGUGUUCACUUCGCAAACAGUACUUUUACGAUUUUGUUCUUUGUUCCUAGCUCUUAAGUUUUUGCUCUUUAUGUUUUCAAUAGUUAAGAUUUCAAGCCUAAGUCUCCUUAAAAUUGUUAAAUUAAAAGCGAUUAUGUGAAAAAGUUGUGCUGGUCAAACGAAACCAUUUCUUAUCAUUCAAACUGCAUUUUAGUAUUCAUGCGAUAUGGUGAUUAUAUUUGUUUGUACGUUGUUUGUUUUGUACGUAAGGCUUUUACGUAUUUUUUUUCUAGUUGCUCUUCAAGUAUCGGCCGCAUUGGAGGUCGUCAAGUCGUAUCUGUGGGAUCUGUUGGAACCGAAUAUGCAGACAUGUCCUGCAGGUCUCCUACGCCUUACGGAAGCAACGUGACUAUCACUUGUAGUAAAGGGAGCAUAAUGCACGAGAUUGGGCAUGCACUUGGCUUCUAUCACGAACAAAAUCGACCAGACCGUGAUAUGUACGUUACAAUAGUUUGGGACAAUGUGAUGCCGGGUAAAUUAGACUGAUUUAUUAAGUUUCAUUUUUUUCUUUGUUGUGGAAUGUAACCUCCUCUCAUUAAUUGAUGAGUGAAUAAGUGAUAAGGAGAGAUAGUCUAGCGAUGUAAAUGUCUUCGUCAUAUUUAUCUUGACAGGAUGUAGAGUCAAUUUUAGGAAAGAGCGUUUUCUGACGAUUUAUGGGCAGGAUGUCCCAUACGAUUACAAUUCGGUGAUGCACUAUGGUUCUUUCUUUUUUGCCCGUGAGAGAGGUAUGAGGACCUUACACGCAAAGGUUAAAGGUGUAAACAUUGGACAAAGAGAAAGACUAAGCUCUUUGGAUAUUCAGAAAGGACGGUUGCUAUAUCAGUGUGAUAGGGAAAGGGGUGAGCAGCGUAUUGUGUUUAUCGUUUUCAUCGCUUAAUUUGCGUAGAAUGAUUUUUUUAGUUUAUAUUUGCAAGUUUUUUAGAUUUGCGUAGUGCGAUGCAGGUCUAGAAAACUUGUGCCUUCCUUUGAAUCAAUGAGCAGAAAAACUUAAAUCAAUGCAUGCAACUAUGCUAUUCGUGUUUUCCCGCGCUUCCUCAUUAACCCAUUGUGAUAUUUUCCUUUGCUUGGACUAUCGGUUGUAAUUACUUUGGUUUUGCUUCUAUUACACCUAGUUGAAAACUGCUUAUUUUAUUAGAAUAGCAAGCCGAGUUCAAGCUAAUAUAAGUGAGCUGGCUGGUGAGAAACCUUUUCGGCACGACACUUUGAGUCUGGGAUAAUGAAGAGGAAGGAGAAUGAGGAAGAUUUAGGAGAAUAAGGGGUAGAGAAGGGAAGUAAAGAGAAGAGAAGAGGAGAUGAGGGUGGGGCAGUCAGUGGGGAACGAAGUCGCAUCAUGGGAGGGCAAUAAGCUGUCGAGAAAAUUUUGUAUCGCUUCUGUUUGGUGAAGGGAAUAGUCUGUUUUAUAUUUUAAACCAACAAAAAUGAUCUCUUCAAGUACUUCAAAGAGUUCACUAUAUAUUUCAUUUGGAAUAGGAUAAGGACAGAGGAUCCCGGCCCAGUUGCUCAAAGGGUGGAUAACGCUGUUCAGCGGAUAAGUGUAACCAAAACGUUUUGUGCUAUCCAACGGAUAGAGAUUUAUCCAGUUGGUAGCCUUAUCCACCCUUCGAUCAACCGGAGCUUGGUCUGUAAGGAGUGAGGAUCUGGUCUGCGAGUUCAUUAAUGUCUCUUCAUGACUGAACUGGUCUGGCCAGCGAUAACUGACAUCGAUUGUCAUUACUGUAGAGAAGAUGAGACGACGAAUAUGAGACUUCUAUGGAGAAGUAUGCUUCAGAAACCAUGGAUCUUUAUCGCCACCAUUUGAAAGUAUCCAUGAAAAUAAACUAUCUACCGCAGUUGUAAGAUUUUGAGGAGUUUCCUAACGUUUGAAAAUUGUCUGCAAACAUGCUGAAAAUUCCACUAGUGAUGGACACCGCCAUUUUGAAAACAAGCCAGUAAAAACAGCUCAAAAACAGCUGCUGUCCUGUUUACCAAAAAUAAAAUAUCGUUAUUUUAUUGAAGUGUAGCUCAUACUUGCUCAAGUCGAACGUCACGAGAUGGAAAAGAUAGGUUGGAGACUUUGUUACGAUUAAGGUAAAUGGCCAGAGUGCGAAGCAUAUUCAAAACUGUAUGGCGGCCUCAAUAGUCGAACUUUUGGCAAAUUUGAAGAUAACUUUUCAAAGGUCAAAACACGGUCAAUGUCAUAAGUUCAUAUAUACUGUUUAAUGGUGGAGAUCAAAUUUUAUGUGGUCACUGAAGAAUACUUGUUUUUCAAGACAGCUGAUACUCAGACGAGAAUUAAGUAAACUUUGAACAGAACAUCAGGGACUCAAUUUUCUCACGUGUUGCCUUUCUAAACUCUCUUACAGGAUCGACAGUGGUUGGAGUCAAGUAAUGUGAUGUAGAGUCCGGCCGGUCUUUGAUAAAACGUGUAAAAGAAAUCGAACAACCUGAAUUUGGAGUCACUUCAGACAUUGUGGAGCCUAUUAUGCAUGCGGAUUUAGGAGACAGGCUGAUAUAUAGUUAACGCUUAAAAUUAAAACUUCAGCCUCAUUAAUAUCAAGUGUAAUUAAAGAAUGAAAGAAAAUACUGUUUCGCCUCUUAAUCGUUACCAUUCGCCCAUGAAUCAUUGCAAAGAUAAAAUUGAAAUUUGAAAAAACAUUUUUAAAAUGUUUCUUAUUUUAGAAAGUGAAAUCUUGGUAAUUUCAAUUAAUAAGCUAGAAAAUCUUUAACCUCACCUAUAAGAUUAAAGAGAAUGUACCACCUACCAUUUGUAACUAUGUUUAAAAAGGCUCCAUUCGUGAGCACCCAGAAAAACUAAACCCACUAGCAAGUUAUAAAGUUAUCAGCCGGGGAGGAAAUGAAAUAAAUCUUAAAUCAAUAGUGUUUGGGUUAAGGUACAACGGCGAUUGCAACGAGAAUGCGGUGAAACAAAACGUUUCAUGUGCAGAACAAUGGCUCAACACGUAUGGUUUAAAACUUUACAAAUUUCUAAGAUGUUUCCGCAAAUUACCAUCGCAAUUGACUAUUUAGCGUAUUCUCAGAGCGGAAAUCUCAUGCUAACGGUACGUGAAGAAUCAUGUAGUUAUCUUAAGCUAAACGCUGCUCCAACUUGUAAUGAAGAAGAGGGGACUACCACCAUUCCAUUCGUCCAAUGUUUGAGACCAUCUGCGAAGCUUCAACAUAACUGUCACUUUAUUUUUCAAAUCGACAUGCUGUUUAACGUCACUAUUGAGACAGCUUUAAAACUUUCUUAUAUCUCAGCAAGUCGGUGCCAAAUAAUUCUAUGACAUAAUAUAUCAGUAUUGGGUAUCAUUAGCUUGAAUUUGCCUCCUGACCUAAGACCUCUAGUUCAGCGAAAUGCUUUUCCACUUUGAUUUCAUAACUUUAGGACAUAAAUAACUUGAUAAAGCAAUUACUUCACAUGACUAGCAUUGCCUAUGUCGUGUGAGCAUUUUUCAUACCCUUUAAGACAAGACAAUAAGAAAGCUCAAUGCAAGCAUUUUAUGUUUAAAUUAGACAUUGUCUUUAAGGCCCUACAAUGGGAUACCAGUCGUAAGUGAUCUCAAGCAUGAACCAGUACCUGCUUAACAACAUUGCUGGUGAACCAAUCGCGUUGUUUGCUGUUUUACGCUCCAUACAUUCUCUUUUAUUUUGUGGACCAUCUUUCUAAAACGAAAAUCUUAAAGGGAAAACUUCCCUUUCAGAUAUCCCCGGUGCAGGUGAAAGAAAAUUGAAUUUUUAGCAGGUAAGAUGCCCUUUUGAUCUUCAUAUUUUUUUAUGAAAUAUAUGUUGGUUCCAAAUUAAAUGGACUCGUAAUUUCUACGAAUUCGCUGAAUGGCUGUGCUUCACCGUAUUUCAACUGCAAUUUUAACUGUUAUAUCACUACAGUCACACACUUUAUGCUUGAAGUUAUCAUGUAUGAGGCGAAUUAACUGUCAGUGAUCAAUUACGCCUGAAAAUGGCAAUGAUCUUAUAUUCGACAUUCCUUGUGGCUCCAUCUGUCAAGUAAAAUCUUUCAACGAUCAUUUGAGGCAAAUCAAUGCCUAUAGGGGAUUACACAAUAACGUUUUUUCAAGAGAUACUCAUUUUUUCCAAUUUGAAUUUUGUUUUCGAAAUUCCGUAGGAAGUCGUUCCAAAAUUCCAUUCUUUUCAUUGUGAUUUGCCUGCUUAGUGGCCAAAUGAUACCUGCAGUUUUAACUCUGCCGAGCACCAUUUGGUACCAGCGCGUUUGUUGUCUUUCCAUUUUUACGCUUUUGAGAAGUACAAUAAAAACACCGACUCGAGAAAUAAACAGAACGAAUCGAGUUCUGAAAUACUCAUUUUUUUUUCUUUUCAAUGAUUUGGUCAAACUCAGUGAGUUUGUAUUGCACCGAAACCUGAGUUAGUAAACGCACAGUACUUUCUGAAAUGGUUCAACGAGUAUUUGUGGGAAAUAUAGAAUGUGCUACUGUUAACUUCAUCAAUUUUUUCGGUUCCAUCCUGAAGCCGCAUAAAACCCCUUGCCCUCCCUCCCCCAUUUUCUGUUUAAUUAUUUUCAUUGACUCUCCAACUGUUCAAUUGAUGCAGUUCAGUUAAAAGAAAGUUCUCAUGGGACAGGCCAACCAAUCAGAACUGUUGAGAAUUACUCAAAUUCGAGCUGUCUGUCAAUCGUGCAAUUACUAAUGUAUCAACCAAUUUUUUAAAAUUUUUUUGGUCAUUGUUUUGUGCUCUCAAGGAACAGGAGGGAAAGGAUGAGAGUUUUAGGCCUUCCAGUUUUUGUUUUGUUAAUGCAAAACAUUUUCAUAUGCCGAGGUAAGAGUGUAAACAUUGUAUAGUUGUAGAUUGUUUUAAUCGUGUGGUUACUCCUCUUGCUCCAGCCACGAGCCGAUUAAUCCGGCUGAAACCGAGCAGGAAUAAAGAAAAUGAAUUGAAGAAUGAAAAACUAUAUAUACUCUUAAGGAAGAUAAAUAAAGCCAGAAUGGAGGACUUGAGAAGAAUAUUUAGUAUCAGGAAGUAAUACGAAAGCAAUCAUUUCCUUGCUCAAUUUACCUAGUGUACAAGCCUUUAAUUCUUCAUUUUAAAGAAAUUGCUUGAUUGUAACUGCAUUUAUUAAAAUAUUCGUGACACAGUCCUUUCGGGGUGCAUUUGUUUCUAAAAUAUUACCUUACGUUAAAGUAGUAAUGCAUUUGAGCUUUUUUUUCUCCCUCAGCCACUUUAAGUGAACCAGACAAUUCUACAGAUUUGGAUCCAUCCAUAGACCCCGCGAAUCUGAAAAUGUAUGACCAAGAAAUGGAAGGUGAACGAUAGCUGUUACUUGCUUUACCCUAAUAGUAAAAUAAUGUUUGUACAAUCGUAAAGAUAACUGCAUACCGAAAAUCUUUGUCAUUAUCGCCAUUUUUUGUUAUGUCAUCGACAUAGCUAUCCUCAUCAGCAGCGUCAUCAUCGUCGCCAUUAAUAUGAUAGAUGGUGACGCAAAAAAUUGCUUAAAUCCUUUAGUUUCUACUCUUUCUUCAGGGUGAACGAGCCAAAACUAACACAAUAUACAUUUCCUGCUAUGAUUUUCUUAGCGAUAAGUGUUUGUCCGGUGUACCAUCUUGUAAGAAGCUUACACAGUGAUAUUACCUGACCAGCAUGCCUGGCAAAAGACGAAUAGUCCAUAAACAGGUAGAUGUGAUACGACUACGGUAACAUUUUCUUUAAUGACACUUUUUCCAGUAACAUUAGGAGAAUUAAAUCUUGGAAUGGAUUACUUUGAGGGAGACAUAAAGCUAACCCAACAACUGAGAGACUACAUAAAGGCCUCUCGGGGAAGAAACAUUCUCCAAGCCAGAGCACUUAUAAGAGAUGAAAGAAAAUUGUGGCCUAAUGGUGUGGUGCCAUAUGCGCUUGCUAGUGAUCUGAGUAAGUAAAAUCAGCUACCUUAAAACAAGCAAAAUCGUUUGUGCUCUAGGCCUUUGCAGAUUUAGUAGAGAGGUCUCCUCUCCUAAAUGUGGCCUCAGUUUUAAGCCCUUUGCCUCUUACAAAUUUUUCAUAUAAACAAAAAAUAUUUCAUUUUGUCAAGGCGCUUCAAAUUGUUUUGCUUCUUGUUUGUUCCAAGCUCUCUUUUAACUUAUAACGGGGUAAAAGUGUCAGAGUGCACCAAAGAGGGAGGCGAACAAUCUCCCCUUAAUCUUUCUAGCUUUUUUUGCGUCAUUCUGUCAGUAUUGUCGCCCUAUUUUUCAAAUCAACUGAACACCAGAAAGAGGUACGCGUCCGUAUGCAUCUCUCAUAAUUCACCUCCGUUAUGUGAUAGGGGGCGAAAUCUGAGGAUCUAUUUUGGGCUCGUUAUGUUUAACAAAAUAGCAGAGGGUAAAGGUCUAAAAUGGCAUUUCAUCGACUGAAAGUAUACAAUCAAUGUCAGCCUCAAUGAUAAUUAAGGGUGGAAUAAACACAAAGACCAUAAGAACGAAGCUAUGGGCCUGCAAAUUUAGGUUCGAAAAAGGAAAGAAGGUGGGCAAAACAGAAAUCGUCCCGACACUCGAAGGGAGCAAGAGGUUUAGGUGACGGCUUAUGAAAUCAUUUAUGAAAUUACUUGGGGAUGUGAGUGCAAUGCGCCACCAUUAACCCCUAGAUCUUAACCUUAAUUGUAACUCAAGGUUACUGUGAUGUUACAUUAUACUUCUCUUCUCUAAUGAGCCUCCCGCCCAGAACUUUACGUUUGCUCUUCUUCCCCCCUCCCCCUCCCAUACCGUAUUGAAACCUCUAGAAAUAAAUAUAUGCCACCUUCUUUCGACCCCUUACCUGGCUGAUGGUCGUGUUAACAACAUUAAAAGUCACAUUGAUCGAAGAGAGAGCGGGAUUAGAAUCCUAUAUGCAGGCAAAUAUUGCGAUUGAUGUCUGUGAUUUAUUAAAAUACUUGAGAGUGGAUUUAAUUUUAAGAUUUGGGAACCAACACGAUUCUAAUGCUGACCAUCAUACAGGUACAGAGAGUCAAGGCUACAUAAAAUCAGCAAUACAAGAGUGGGGUGACAACACGUGCCUCACGUUUAGGCCUAAAAACGACGCCGACCAGGAUUACAUAGAAUUUGUCUACGAGGUAGGGUACGUACGAAGCUUAUCCUGAUGUAACUAAAUCUAUUAAGCCUGAAUUUGGUAUCGUAAUCACAUCUUUCCCAUUCUCUUUUCAUUAACAGCGUAAACGGAAAGUUGCGGUGAUAAACUAUCAUAUCUUAAUGCAAAAUUAAUAAAACCCCAUCGUUAUUUUAUUGUGACUGCAACACUUUAUCCGCCUUUAUUUCUGUCGAGUGCCCAAACAACCGCUACCCUCGAAGGCAACGACAUUUACUUGGUUUCCGCCCUGGUCUGGUCACAAGUGUGUUUAACUUUAAAGAGCCAAUUUGCAAGGAAUUUGUUUCUUUUUUUUCAUCUUUUCGCCCUCAGAUGCUCCUCAUAUGUAGGACGUAUUGGCGGCCAGCAGACGAUUUCAGUCGGAAACGCAGAUGGCUCCAUUACUUGCAAACACGGUAACCUUGUUCACGAAAUUGCUCAUGCUCUGGGAUUCUUUCACGAGCAUAGCCGACCGGACCGUGAUCAGUACGUUGAAAUUAAGUGGGGAAAUAUUGAAAUGGGUGAGUGUGGAAGAAAUUUUAGACAGGUAACAGUUGCACUAUAACCGCCUAGUCGAGUAUACUAGGCCGGAUUAGCACAGGUGUAACGAUAAUCUUGUCCCGAUUGCUGGUUGCAGUGUAGGGGCCAAACACGGUAAACAAUCCGAAUCCUACUUCCAUGGGCGUAAGCUCAACGGGUGUGAGCCAUUAGUUACGUUUGUAAGCAGGAUUUUGCCGUUAAGGGGCGUAAAACGAUUUCAGUGUUUUUUCACUAGCAUUCACGGAGAUGCCAGGAUUUUUCUCGGUAUGAAUAUAUAAAUCUUGACAAAAGAGAGGGGUAGGGUAGGGGGUCGCAUGCGUCCUCAAACCCCUACUAGCUCCCGUCUUUAGCUUACCGCGAUUUUAUUCAGAAGAAUUUACUUCAGAUCGAACUUUUGGAAUUUUUUGGUUUUAACCUCCCUCCUCCCCAUUUCCUGUCUUUUACAUCAGUAUGAGAAACACACUUACAAAUUGCCGUGGUGUCGUAAAGUGUUGAAAGCUUCUCCCUCUUUUGACAGGUUAUCAAAAGAACUUUGAAAAGGAAACUAAAGCUACUGUGAACUCUCGAGAUGUGGAAUACGACUAUGGCUCAGUUAUGCACUACGGUGAAUUCUUCUUUACGAAGGGUAAAGGAUUAAAAACUCUGGAACCAAUACAAGACACGUCCGCAACCAUUGGUCAGAGAGUCGGGCUCAGUGACCUGGAUAUAAAACAAGGAAAUUUGCUGUAUAGUUGCCCAGGUUUGGUCAUGGUUACUCUGUUUGUAAAAAUUGAUGAUGGUGUUCCAAGAUAUCGUUACACUAAAUAACGUAAUACAGCUUGGGGUCACAAUCUUGCAUAGAAAGCCUUAAUUUCAAUCCCUGGGUACCUCGAACCACAAGGUAUAAAACUUAUUACCCAGGUUCUACAUGAUUGACUGGUAUGUAACUGUUCCGUAGAGGUCUGGGUUCGAGACUAACCGUUUUAAAUUUUUUUCUGCAAUCGCAGUCAUUAUAUGAAUUGUUUCGAGGAAAUCGUAUUACCAUUUUACCAAGCGUACGGUUUCUGAUUGAAACCAAAAAAUGAAAACAGAUAAAAAAGACUUUUCGACCGCACCUUCAUACAAUUACGAGUCAAAGAUCGAAUUUUGAUGAUGGUACUAUUUUCAUACUAGCCAUCUUCAGAGCCAGUUAUAUAAUGAAAGAAAUAAUAUGAAGGAAAUGAUUAAAUAAUUAUCCUGCAGGAUUUUUAAGAAUACCGGUAGUGCGCAUAUUUUUAUAGUUCUGUGAGCAAAUUUCGUUUGAGGUUGGUAUUUGAAUAUUUUGGAUGCAGGUUAUAAAGAUGACAUAACAAAUGGACAUGGAACAAGCCAAGCCCCAGUGGACGAAGAAUUGUGGGAUAAACCACUCCGCGAACACGAAGUUAAAGUCCUUAGAAGUAAAGUGCACAAGAAAAACGCCGAGAAGAAAAGCAGUCAUCUUCACGCAAUCUUGAAAAAGAAGGCGAUUCCUAAGAAAUCAACCGCGCUAAAACAGACUUUUCUUACCAAAACGAAAGAAAGAACAGCCAAGCACUCCAAGCCUGAUUCCAGAUCAAUGGUGUUGAAAGAAAACCAGAUAAAACCUCAGUUACAGGAAGCGUACCACCAGGAUGACGCGGAUAUUUUAGAAGGAGAUGACAAAGAAGACGAUGUGUCUUACUCACGAGGUAAGUGUAUUAUAACAACAAACUCUGCUCCUGAGGGAAAAGGUUUCACUCUUUAUCUUGUAUUUACAGGAACGUUAUACAUACAUUGAAUGAACAAACAAAGAAUAAUACACUUUUUCUUGUGGAUAUCGAAUUUCUUUUCUCGUGUUCUACACGAUAUCUCACAAGUGAGAGCAGCGAACAAGAGAGAUAUCGAUUAUCACCGAUUGACAGAGCGGUGCGAAAAGCGAGUGACGCGUCAAAACUGAUCAUCUUAAUUUACACGUGUGUAGUUACGGCUUUUGUCAAAGCUGGGAAUUCUAGGUUAUAUGAUAAAAUGUAUUUUAGUUCGUCGAUACUUUGAAAUGUGGAAGUCUCUUCACUCAUAUGCUUUCUUGUAAGAGGUAACGAGGUCGACUCACUUUCUAUGAUCACUGUCAUACACAAUUUAAAUACAAAAAUAGAAGCAGCUGAUGGCAUCUCGAGUAGCCUUGAUGUUUUCUAUGUUUUUAUAUAUUUGGUUCGAUAUUCCUGUAUAUUAAUUCUUAAAAAAGCUUUGAAUUGAAUAGCGUAAGCAACAAUCUGUUAAAAUAUUCAGUGGAAGAAACACCAAAACUCCACCUUUAUUCCGCAGAUGUUAGCUCGCCUGCGAGUGCCCCAGAAACACCCAACCAACUUGCCACUGAUAGAGCAACGCUGGCUCAGGAAGAGGAAGACACAGUUCAGCAACAGGAUACCGACGAAAUAGGUACAGAAACUGCUUUCCCAUCCCUUCCCUAUUAUUUUUCCAAGCUUCACCGUAUACACUUCAGGUCGACCAAAGGUGCGAGAAGCUUAUCGAGAAAUCUGCCAAGCUAUGUUAUUGAAUGCAAGUUCAUCAGUUUUGAAAGGUUUUUGAAUGAUUAACCCUUUAAGUAUUUCUCCGAAAGCAAAUGCAAUCUACUGACAUAGAGUCUAACUUACAGUGUGAAUGGUUCGUUGUAUACUUUCAGUGAACUCUAGGAGGAAAAUAAAAACUUCCUAACCCUUUCACUCCUUAUAUCUUAUUUGCAAUUCUCCUUACUCUCUGCCAUGCAAUUUUUAUGAUAUUAGUUUAAAGAAUUUGGUAUUGGAUGAACUAAGAAUCUCCUGAGAAUAUUUUUCUUUAUUUUCAUAACCUGUCUGCUUAAUAUUCUGUCGAUAAUGUGAGGGGAAAUGCUGUCUUGGCUACUCAUGAGAGUCAAAGGUUAGAGAAGAUGCAGGGGCCAUUUCUGCUACACCAAACCAAACAAUAGAAAUAUAAGCGUUGUCCGAGACAUUCCAUCGUUCCAAUAUUAAAAUUUUGAAAUGUUUUUGUGCCCUUAACCAUUAAUCUAAUGUAAUAACAACUUUUUCUUGCUGCUCAACAGGCGAGGAGAAUUUAGGAAAAGACUACUUUGAAGGCGACAUGAUACUGACACCUGACCAAAAUGAUUUCCUGAGCAAUAUUAAGAAAGACGACAGCGUGCAACAAGGCUCCAAACGGGCUCUCAUUAAGGACAAAAUGUAUCUCUGGCCGAACGCCAAAGUGUACUAUAAUUUUGACAAGGGAGUAGGUAAGGGAAUGAAACGUUAACCUCAUACAAUAACAUCUGUAUGCAUAUUCUCCAUACAGUUCUCUAAACAUUUCCCAAGGUGUCGUUAGGGUGAAUUUAUUAAGAGUAUCUUGGCUCUAUCAGGCGAUUGUUGUUUGGAACCUUAGAAUUCCCACCUCUAGUAUUAAACACAGCAGAGAAAUUCAGUCUGUAUCUUCGAACAGCGACGUCUGACGCCUAGUGAUUUCGCUCCAACGUAGAUAAUCAAUUUGUGACUCUGCAUUUCUGGUUGUUGAUCAAAUACGACUCACCUCAAGAGUAAACGCAUCUGGUUUAGGUAUAAAAUGUACAAUAAGAAAGAAAGAAAGAACUCCUAAUAUAUACAGUGGGUUUUUUAUUUAUCUUACUAAGAUAGGAUAGGAAGGAGACGAGCUCGUGCAGCUAUGCGCCACUGGCAGAAACACACUUGCCUCAAGUUCAAACGAGUCAAGAAACCAGCCGACGACUUGGGAUAUAUAAAUUUCGUUUUUGAGGGAGGGUAAGUGUUGAAAUCUCUUUCUCUUUUACUCAAUUUUUCAACUCAGCUGAUUUCAGGUUUGUAAUUUAAGGUCUUUGAUGAUGACGAGUAGAGCGGUUUUCGAUUGAGUUUCUCAAACCAAAUCAAAGCACUGACAACGGCCAAUCAGCAAGCCAACGAGAGCUCAAAUUAAAACUUGAAAACUUGAAACGAGGGAAAAGUGGGUGACCAAAUCGUGAUUGGUUUAAGUUUUGCAUCUGACUGGUCUAGAGUUUUCUCGACCAAACUCAGAGCAAAGUUUAGCAAAACUAGAACAAACUGGAUAAGUACUGCAGCACCCAGAUAAAUUUUCCCUCUUGAAUUUCCUGUAUAAGCGUGAGUGAGACAUUCUCAGCACGUUUACCUAUCAAUCUCACAUUGAUAUAGUUCCUCAUUCAGUACGAAUGCUCGUCAUAGCAGGCUUCUUGUACACUGACGGAUUCUACGUUUUAUGAUUUUGCUAAAGAUUGCCUUUUAUCUUUUCGGGGAUCUGUUAUUUAAUGGUUAAUAAACAAUAAAGGUUUUCCACCGAAUUUGCUGUAGAAAGUUCUCCAGGAUUGCGUUGGUUUUCCUCGACUUGGCUUUAUGAUUGUUUACAGAAAUUAUGGGUUCCUCUCUCUCUCCUCUCCCUUAAUGACUGUAUACCUUCCUCUCAAACACCCAUUCAGCCAAUUAGCAUCAGAUGAUUCAAAUGCAAACUCGCCUAGUAAAUACUGAAACCCUGUUGUAUUACAUCAGUGGAGGGCUCAGGAACUAAAAAGACCCGUUUAGAUAUGUUCGCUAGUUUUUCACUCGCAUUUCCUACGGUUCACGCAAUUUGAUUUUCAUGGUCUCAACUCGUAUUAGUCCCUUUCAAUAACUUCAUUUGUUCUUAUUCAGUGAUUGUUGUAAUAGGGUCUUUUGUGGUUUUACGACACCCAAUCGAAAUGCAGUACAUCUUAUAGAGUUACAAUUAAUUCAAACGUGGAAAUUUUGUAUACAUCGGCAAGUAUUGUCUAUACAUGCCUGUUUUACUCACCUGUUCACUAGCUGUGCUUCCCGAGUUGGUCGCGGUGGAGACAAGGCCCAGAAGCUGACAAUUGGAAGCAAAGCACUGCGGUGUAAAAUAGGAAACAUAAUUCACGAACUGGGUCAUGCUGUUGGCUUCUUUCAUGAGCACAGUCGACCUGACAGGAAUAAAUAUGUUCGUGUGCUCAAAAAGAACAUCCUUCCAGGUAAAGAACAUAAGUAACGUCGCUUAAGAGCCAGCGAUAAGAGAAUAUUCAUUGAUUGUUGCGUUUGUGUCUCGCGCACUCUGAAGAUUCUCUUUAGUUUGAUCUUUGCGUUAGUGUCGCGCGCACUCUGAGGAUUCUCUUCAGUUUGAUUGUUGCGUUAAUAUGUCGUGCAUUCUAAGGAUUCUCUUUAGUUCGAUUGUUGCGUCGAUGUCUGGCGCACUCUAAGGAUUCUCUUUAGUUUGAUUGUUGCGUUAAUGUGUCGUGCACUCUGAGGAUUCUCUUUAGUUUGAUUGUUGCGUUAGUGUCUCGCGCACUCUGAGGAUUCUCUUUAGUUUGAUUGUUGCGUUAGUGUCUCGCGCACUCUGAGGAUUCUCUUUAGUUUGAUUAUUGCGUUAGUGUCUCGCGCACUCUGAGGAUUCUCUUUAGUUUGAUUGUUGCGUUAGUGUCUCGCGCACUCUGAGGAUUCUCUUUAGUUUGAUUGUUGCGUUAGUGUCUCGCGCACUCUGAGGAUUCUCUUUAGUUUGAUUGUUGCGUUAGUGUCUCGCGCACUCUGAGGAUUCUCUUUAGUUUGAUUGUUGCGUUAAUGUGUCGUGCACUCUAAGGAUUCUCUUUACUUUGAUUGUUGCGUUAGUGUCUCGUGCACUCUGAGGAUUCUCUUUACUUUGAUUGUUGCGUUAGUGUCUCGCGCAUUCUAAGGAUUCUCUUUAGUUUGAUUGUUGCGUCGAUGUCUGGCGCACUCUAAGGAUUCUCUUUAGUUUGAUUGUUGCGUUAAUGUGUCGUGCACUCUGAGGAUUCUCUUUAGUUUGAUUGUUGCGUUAGUGUCUCGCGCACUCUGAGGAUUCUCUUUAGUUUGAUUGUUGCGUUAGUGUCUCGUGCACUCUGAGGAUUCUCUUUACUUUAAUUGUUGCGUUAGUGUCUCGCGCAUUCUAAGGAUUCUCUUUAGUUUGAUUGUUGCGUUAGUAUUUCGCGCACUCUGAGGAUUCUCUUUAGUUUGAUUGUUGCGUUAGUGUCUCGCGCAUUCUAAGGAUUCUCUUUAGUUUGAUUGUUGCGUCGAUGUCUGGCGCUCUCUAAGGAUUCUCUUUAGUUUGAUUGUUGCGUUAGUGUCUGCGCACUCUGAGGAUUCUCUUUAGUUUGAUUGAUGCGUUAGUGUCUCGCGCACUCUAAGGAUUCUCUUUAGUUUGAUUGUUGCGUCGAUGUCUGGCGCACUCUAAGGAUUCUCUUUAGUUUGAUUGUUGCGUUAGUGUCUGAGCACUCUGAGGAUUCUCUUUAGUUUGAUUGUUGUGUUAGUGUCUGCGCACUCUGAGGAUUCUCUUUGGUUUGAUUGUUGCGUUAGUGUCUCGCGCACUCUGAGGAUUCUCUUUAGUUUGAUUGUUGCGUUAGUGUCUGCGCACUCUGAGGAUUCUCUUUAGUUUGAUUGUUGCGUUAAUGUGUUGUGCACUGUGAGGAUUCUCUUUAGUUUAAUUGUUGCGUUAGUGUCUGCGCACUCUGAGGAUUCUCUUUAGUUUGAUUGUUGCGUUAGUGUCUGCGCACUCUGAAGAUUCUCUUUAGUUUGAUUGUUGCGUCGAUGUCUGGCGCACUCUAAGGAUUCUCUUUAGUUUGAUUGUUGCGUUAAUGUGUUGUGCACUCUGAGGAUUCUCUUUAGUUUGAUUGUUGCGUUAGUGUCUGCGCACUCUGAGGAUUCUCUUUAGUUUGAUUGUUGCGUUAGUGUCUCGUGCACUCUGAGGAUUCUCUUUAGUUUGAUUGUUGCGUUAGUGUCUGCGCACUCUGAGGAUUCUCUUUAGUUUGAUUGUUGCGUCGAUGUCUGGCGCACUCUAAGGAUUCUCUUUAGUUUGAUUGUUGCGUUAAUGUGUCGUGCACUCUGAGGAUUCUCUUUAGUUUGAUUGUUGCGUCGAUGUCUGGCGCACUCUAAGGAUUCUCUUUAGUUUGAUUGUUGCGUUAAUGUGUCGUGCACUCUGAGGAUUCUCUUUAGUUUGAUUGUUGCGUUAAUGUGUCGUGCACUCUGAGGAUUCUCUUUAGUUUGAUUGUUGCGUUAGUGUCUCACUCAUUCAAAGGAUUCUCUUUAGUUUGAUUGUUGCGUUAGUAUAUCGUGCACCCAGAAGAUUCUCUUUAGUUUGAUUGAUGCGUUAAUGUCUCGUGCACUUUAAGGAUUCUCUUUAGUUUGAUUGUUGCGUUAGUGUCUCGCGCAUUCUAAGGAUUUCUCUUUAGUUUGAUUGUUGCGUCGAUGUCUGGCGCUCCCUAAGGAUUCUCUUUAGUUUGAUUGUUGCGUUAAUGUGUCGUGCACUCUGAGGAUUCUCUUUAGUUUGAUUGUCGCGUUAGUGUCUCGCGCACUCUAAGGAUUCUCUUUAGUUUGAUUGUUGCGUUAGUGUCUCGCACACUCUAAGGAUUGUCUUUAGUUUGAUUGUUGCAUUAGUGUCUCUUGCAUUCUAAGGAUUCUUUUUAGUUUGGUUGUUGCGUUAAUGUGUCGUGCACUCUAAGGAUUCUCUUUAGUUUGAUUGUUGCGUUAGUGUCUCACUCACUCAAAGGAUUCUCUUUAGUUUGAUUGUUGCGUUAGUAUAUCGUGCACCCAGAAGAUUCUCUUUAGUUUGAUUGAUGCGUUAAUGUCUCUUGCACUUUAAGGAUUCUCUUCAGUUUGAUUGUUUUGUUAAUAUCUUGUGCGCCCUGACGAUUCUUUUUAGUUCUAUUGCUUCGUUAGUGUCUUGUGAACUCUGAGAAUCCUCUUUCGUCAGACUUCUUCGUUAGUUUUUGUGCUCUCUGAGAAUUCUCUUUAGUUCAACUGUUUCUUUCGUAUUUUGUGCACUUUGAGGAUUCUCUUUUAUCGAUUAUUUCGUUAGUACGUUGUGCACUCUGAGAAUUCUCCCUUUGUUCGGUUGUUUUUUAAUAUCUCGCGCACUCUAAGUAGUCACUUUGAUUUGAUUGUUUCGUUGGUAUCAUAUGCACUGUAGCGUUUCCUCUCAGCUCAAUCUUUUCACAGUAUCCGCUCACUUCAAGGAUUUAGUCUGGUGCGUUUGUUUCGUUUGUGUCACGCUCACUCUGAGUAAUCUCUUUAGCUCAUUUUUUCGUUAGCGUCUUGCGCACUCUCAGGGUUCCAUUUACAGUUCUAUUGUUUUGUUUAUAAGUCGCACACUCUCUUUAAUUUAAUUGCUUCGUUAGUAGUUGCACAUUUUGAGGAUGCUCUUUUUCCGAUAUUUUGGUUGGUAUCUCGCGCACUCCGAGGAUUCUCUCGAAGUUCAAAUGUUUCGUUAGCAUCUAGCCUACUCUGAGUAUUCUAUAUAUUUCGCUUGUUUCCUUACUGUAUAGAGCACUUUGAAGAUUUCCUUAAGUUUCAUUCUUUCUUUAGAAUCUCGCGCACCCUAAGUGAUCAUAAAGAGGUGAUAGUUUCGUUAGUAUCGUGCGUACUUCAAGUAAUCUCUUUAGUUCAAUUACAUCGUUUUGUAUGACACACUGUGGUUUUCAUCAGUUCAAGUAUCAAUUUAGUAAGCACUAGCCCCUCGUCAGAGUGAAAGAAAACACCAAAGCCGAGCGAAAAACUCGGAAGGAACGAGAUUGUAUAAAGAUGAGAACGAUUGACGGAGGUUUGGACAGCAUAAAGCGUGACGCUGCUUGUUCCAUUUCGCGUAGGUUACGAAAGAAACUUCUACAGAUUUGGAAAGAAGUGGAUUGAUUCAAAGGACGUGCCAUACGAUUACGGAUCUAUCAUGCACUACAACAGAGCAUUUUUCUCCCGUUUUCCUGUCAUGCUCGAUACUUUGAUUCCUCUGCGGCAUGUUGAUAUUGGUCAGCGAAGGGCUCUCAGUAAAUUCGACAUCCUGCAGGCUAACUUACUCUACCAAUGUGAUGGUGAGUGUUGUCUAGACUUUUUACUGCAGUAUUUAGCCGGAUUUACGAGGCGAAAAUUCAUUGUUCGUAAAUAUAUUUUAUUUUAUCUUAGUAGAUAUAACUAAAGCAGCCAAUAAAUAGGUCCGCAAUGUAUAUAGGGAGCUUGCAGACUGGCCCACAGUGGCAAAUACAGUAUGUGUACAAUGGAUAGGUGUGUCCUCUGGAUUGUCUCAUUUUUGACUACUGUGGCUUAGUCAACAAGCCUCCUAUGGAACUGUCAGUCAGGUGAUUCAGGUCUUACUUUAUAAUGAUAUGUUUGUGGUUAUGUAGCCUAUUUUCUUUUCGUUUGUGCUAGGGAGGAAAAAGUUAACUGACGAAGAGAUAGAACAGCUCAAACAAGAAAGCAAUGACCAAGUUAGCGGGUCGGAAGGUUUGUAAAUGAUUUUGCUCAGGAACUGAAUUGGGAUUGGAUGAAACUGUGUGAUCGUUCACCUUCCUUUUUUCCAGUCGCCUGCGCGGAUGUUUACGAUCGCGAUUCUUGCUCUAUGGUGAAGACCCGAGGUUAUUGUCAGAAAUUUCCGACAAGCAUGAGGACAACGUGCGGGAUCACGUGUAACUUGUGCGGUGAGUCGGUUUAUAACACCAUCAUCAGUACCAUAUGUUUAUCUCUCAUCAGACAAGGCGCCAUUACCUCCUUGUCAGCAUACCUAAAAUUUGUGAGCCUGCGAACUGACUCUCAUGAGGGCAGCGGUACACGCGUCAAUGUCUGCGAGAUUCGAGUAGGCGAUAGAGCAAACCUGCGAGAGGUUUUAGUAGGAUGUGGCAAGAGGACUGGAAAUAGAACCCUCGCGGACCUCCCGCCAGCUCACAUCGCUUGCCUGCUCGAAAAGUGCAGGCUUUGCCGCUCGUGUCGCAGCGCCUAUGAGCGUCUACUCGCAUUUUGAAACUCUUAUGAAAGGAAUGAUAUCCCUGCCAUCUGAUUAUUGAGAAGGGAAAAUUUAAGGAGAAAUAAAUGGUAAUCUACCGUAAGUGGUGUGCUGUGGAUUUACUUUAUAACGAUAAGUUGUUCUAUAUGAAGAUGAUGAGAGAUAAACAUAUGGUACUGAUAAGGUAAUUAUCAACCACCCAGCUUUUCAAAAAUAUAUGCUCUAUCGAUGUGAAUGCCUUAUUUUGUUUCUCUCAGGAUAUAAUAGAAUAAUACCUGAAGGUCAUGUUAUAAAUUUAAAUCUUGUUAGUUAAAAACCAAAAUGGAUUGCAACGUAAUCGAGAUAUGUUUUCUGCAUAACGUGAAAUGUUGUUCAUUGAUUUUUCUUGUGCAGCUUUCCUUUUUAAUUUGAAUAUAUCUUUGCCCUAGACAGGCAAAGUAGAUAUACUUGUAGCGGAGCUCGCAGAGCGUAGCCCCAUAAUUAUACAAAAUAGUAGUAACUCAUCGAGCCGAAAAAAUUUGGAUGUACGACCGUACGACCGUACAAGGUGAUACUUUUAACAUGCGUGGUCAACUGUACCACGGGCACGCCAACGCCACUGCUUUGUUCAGUAUUCCAGUGGUCAGUGCACUGGGCUCCGAGUCGGACGACCCGGGUUCUAGUCCUGGCCGGGGCAAGGCGUUGUGCCCUUGAGACGUGCGGGAAAAAAAUGCGAGCUCCGCUUUUAGGCUUGGCUAAAUCUAUAUAUUAGAUUUAUUCAACUUGUAGGCAGUAAUUACAAGAAUUCCCAAAGAGGAUUAGGGGCGAGAAAAAAGACCUCAGCCACACAUGCGGUGUCGCGUAAAAGUUUGGUCACCAAAUUGAAGAUUUCUCCACCUAAGGAAGUGACAGGAUCUAAAAGAAUGGUCCCUGAGAGGAAACCUCAAACUACUUCAGAUACUACUGAAUUUUGAGUAAGGUACACUUUGUGUACACUUAGUGUUACAUGGUGUAACUCUUAAAAUGCCCGUUCAUUCUCCAGACUUUAAAACUAAUCUAAAUCCAUUCAUAGAGUAAACGCAAAAUGAAACUAUAGUAAACAAAAAAAUAACACGAGGGUGGUAAGAAAUAUGUAAUUAAGUGAAAUAGUUGGUAAAUAAAUAAACAAAUAAUUAAAUAAAUAUGUAAUUGAAUAAGUAAAUGUAAAGGAGUGCGCAUGGUAGUGUCAAGAUUAAGCUCCUUACUCAUAACGAAAAUACUAAAAUGAAAGCAAACAUUGCACUGAAAACAAAACGAAAUUAAAUUUCUGUUAAAAAAAUUAGUCAAACAAAAUGAGCUUUAGAGGGAAUUGAAUAGCAUUAAGUGGAUGAAUAAGUAAAUGAAGUAAAAAAAUAAAUACAUUGGUAAAAGAUAUAAUCUAUAAUAAAUCAAUGAACAAAUAUGGAUAAUGAAGAUUAUUUUACUCGUUGCCGGUUAAAAGGCUGUUGAUAAUAGUGGAACUUGUGUUAAAAAUGUAAUGCAGUACUGCGUGUAUAUCCAUCACAACCCUAUGAAGUAUGCAAUAUUCCUAUGUGUUUUAGUUGUUAGUGGUAACCAACCGUUGAUGUGUUUCGUAUAUAGAUAAUUUCAUCCAUUUUAUAGCCUCUUACCACAAUACAAACAACUGUGCUACAUAACAACUGAUGUUCUUAUUUGUUUUUUUAAUAACUUUUAUUUCUCGUUGUCGCCUCUAUCGCUUUUCACUUAACUUGAUUCUUUUUUCCCUAAGUGUUGUCUAAUUAGCUAAACAUGGGGUUCUUUCUUUCCUGCAGAUCCUCUUCAUGCGUUAUAUCAAAAGUUGAUCUCACAAAUUUUACACAUUUAAACGCCACUUCUUUCUUCUUCUUUCAGGAAUGAAUGCCAAAAAAAAGGAGGCCGUCCACAGACAUCACAACGACGCUUCGUCGGAAACAGCAAAUUGAACGCUUUUCUAAGUCAACUAACACCUUAGCAGAUGAAUAUAUUUUUUCUGCUGUUGCUUGUUUUUAUCAUUCGGCUUAAUUCUGCCAAAGCUCACAAGAAUCAGAAAUAUUCUAUAUUUGCAGAUUUAUUACUGGACUUUAAACAGACUUCCUGUAGCGACAUUUAACCAAGUUGUAAUUGUUUCUAGUAUAAAUUCAUAUCGGUUUAAUUUACGCACGUCCACGAGUUAAAAAUGUUUUUACCUACUGCUUUACUAUGAACUUGUAAAUUGAUGAUGUAACUCAAUAGACCUGGCUAAAUGUCCUUAUAUACUGUAACACGAAACCAUCGAUCUUGUCUCUGAAAAGUGGUAAACGGUAAAAAUGUACGCAGGAAAUUUAGCUUUAAAAAGAUUGUUGUGCAGGCAUCACGACCUCUUCAUAUAUGUUUCCCAGUAAUACAGCCAUGGCUUUGAGUUAUUGCCUGAAUUAAAACGACUAUAGUAAAUUAUUCAACCAUAAGAGAUGUAAACAGUAGUAAAGUAGUAGAAUAAAAGAGUACUUCGACACUUACCGAUCUUUUAUGAAAUACGUGACACUGAAUUCUAAGGAUCGUAAUGACUUGGGUCCUGUUUACGCGGAGGUGGAGGACCCUAGGUAGGUGAGAUAACCCGCCUAGCCGUGGUCGAAAAAUAAAAUGCGUUUACAUACAAUCUUACUACCCCGGGGUGCUAGGGUGAGGUUUCUUGAGGUUGUUAUUGCGCUUGCUAUUAGGAAGUUUGAGCAUAAGCGUCCCAAGCUCACGUCUCGAGAAAGACGAACGAUUAAUUCUCGGACACGUAUGUGUUUAUUCAUGAAAGCGUCACGAGUUGUGUUACGCGCUGUUAGGUUACGCAAAGAACCGUUGUCUUAAUACGUUAUAAGGAAUAUAAAAAUGGCUCGGUUUACUUUGGCGGGGCAAUCGAUUCUAAAUUUUCGACGAACAUUCCUCUUCCUUCUAUGCCGGUGUCAUUCCGCAGAACUAAGCUUGAAAUGCAACAUGAGAAAGAGCCCAUGACGAAACAUUCCUCUGCUUUUGAAGCCCUUUCAUUUUUCUCCAUGUAUACAUAUUUAUGCAUGGCAACUUAUCACCCUUAAAACAUAUUGCAUCAAGCGUCUGGAGCUAAUGAAAAGCAGCUUUUCAGUUUUUUUGGCCAAAAAAUCCUCCCUAGACUUUUUAUCCCAGAACGGAUUAGUUCUCUUGAAAUUGAGAUUUCAGAACAGGCCAAUAUCAACAUCGAUAAGGGAAAAAAGAUUUGCCAAUAAAAACAAUUGAAUCUAGGUAUGCAAUUAGUAUUUCCUGUCUAUUUUCAGUCGCACUACAAAUUCACGGUCUGUGAGGGAACGUUCUCGCGGUGAAAUCUAAACUUCUGCGUGGAGCGGGUCAUUAACCCUAGGAAUGCCACUUGAUGAGAACACCUUUUCAUCUGUGACACGUUGCAAUCAUUUCCUUGCGAAUUAAAGCUUGUACACGCUUGCUUGUUGCAGCAAAUUUUCGCUCUAAAAUCGUGCAGGACACAAGUUCAAGCCUGAAGCCACCAGUUGCGUUUAGCACGGUGGGUCACUGAUUGCUGUUGUUAAAAUUUGGAUAUAUAAAUUGCUUAAUUAACUUUUUAAGUUACAGUAUAUUAGGUGAUCUCUCUUGAGCUUGGUUAGUGCAAAUGGAUGAUUGAAUGACCAAAUUGUAAUAGAGCAUAAGGAAAGCACCGUACAUUAACAAGUUAAAGGAGAGUGAUCUAGUAAACAUUUACUCGAAUAUUUCAACCACAGAGUCAGUUUUUUUUUGUGUGUCUUUUUGUUGUUGUUUUUUUAAUCACUCAGCAACCUCUAGCUGACAGGCUUGUCUCUUCUCCAUACAUGUUUGAACUGAUGCGUAGAUAUUGCUGAACCUACAUAUCGAUUUUUUCUGAGAACAAAAAGAUCAGAGCCCAAGAAAAGCAAACGAAAAGUAACCAUGUUUUACCUUUCCUCGAUUUUGUUCACGCACAGUGCGUCUUGUGUUACUCGCUCACUCCGAUUUUGGCCUAUCCUUACAGUAACUGAUGACGCAAUGGAAUCAAUUUUGUGAGAUCACCCCGAUAAUUACUUAUUUUGUAUUCAUGCUGAAAGGGUAUGAUUGAAACCUCGAUAAGGAAAUUAGUUGUUACGUUUUAAAACGAUUGCAACCAAUUCUAAUUCUUUUUUAAAAGUGUAAACCGUGCGGUGUUAAAAAGAUAAAGCUAGAGUGUAAUAUUAACUGUGAACUUGCCAAAAUUUCUUUUCAAGAUGUUUACCGUAAGAGCCACGUCUUCAAUUUAGACUCUCCAAAGAAGGUGUACAAUUAACAGCUUAUUGUUCUCUAAGGAAUAGUUUGUUAAGACAUCUUUCCAUCGACCACGUGCUCUGAAUAAAGGAGUGACGGCUUAGAUAUGCAAAUAACAGGUACGCGAGAGCAUAUUGAACAAAAACAGAACGCCGCAAUCAGUUCAAUAUUGCAUAGCAAGUUUUGUUUAUUACUCUGAAGUCUAUUUUUCCAAACUGACGGAAUAUUUGAGAUUAUUUGCCUUAUUGGCCGACGACAAACGCGAAACAGCAUUUUCUAACAAACUGGGUACGUGUGACUGGCGAGUUCCCUAGCAGUCGUUGCAAGUUCAAGCACAACAAGGUGCCGAGUAAAUAUCUACACAGCAGUCAAACCGACAAUAAUUCUGCGAUCUCCCCGGAACUUUACGGUACUUAUGUCUUAUAUUAAUGUAUCUUGAUCCGUUAUUCUAAACUCUAAGCUCUCGGGAUUUGGAUGUACUCACACACCCCUGAUAACAGUCGGUAAGUCGGUCGGUCGGUUUUUGGGAUUUGGUCUCGAUCGGUUUGUACCAGUGAUCAACCAACCAUGAAAUCUUGUAACGACAAUAAUGAUGCGAUUUGGAAUAUCAUAUGCGUAGAAUUUGUGGUCAACCUUGUACUUCCUAGGAUCUUUUGAAUAACAAGCGAAAACUUCUGAAAGCGAUGAUGUUUUUCUUCGCAGCCGUUGUUUGAUUUCGUCACGCAACACGUUUGGGAGGGAAUUUGCGUGACAAGACCAAACAACAACGGCUGCGAUCACCCGCGACAGGUUUAUAAAACCGUAAAAUUGUAGGGCGAGUCGAUCUUUUUGACUGGCUUUCGUAAGUAGUUGGCAUCCUGUUGCGCGUCGCUUGAAAUUCCAACCGCACGACCAGAACCGCUUACAAUACUUACUGUGUGCAUAAUCUUUGUAGUAGCAAGCAACGCUCUCGGGACUUCACUCCAGCUCGUGGAGAGAGAUUCGCUUUCCGACUGUACAUGUUCGGAAAGGUUUGCGUGUCGACCAUUGUCGAAGUUGGCUUAUUAAAAAGAGAAACGUAACACGAUCGCAUUUGUCAAAGGUCAAACAAACAAAAUUGUGUCGCGCCGAUUUAUUAAACUGGGAAUAGAGUCAAAUUUCACUUCUCUGCUCCCUAUCAUUUGUAUAAAAGAAACGACCGUUUUUUCCCUAACUCCGUGCAGGCACAUUUGUCCUUUAUGAUUAGAAAAUGGAUAUCUUCUCAAGGACUUCCUUGAAGGCACAUAACAAUAAACGAUCCUUGCACAACGUAUCGCCUCUAGGCUGGUCCAAUGAACUCGCAAGAGGAGCUCAAACCUGGGCAAAUAAACUGGCCAAGGAAGGUAGUCUGGAACACGAUCAACUAAAGGGGAUUGGCGAAAAUGUGUUCAUGACCUCAAAGGGUUUCGAUGCAGCAGCAGAAGAGGCCGUAAAAACCUGGUAUUCAGAGGUAAGUGCUUCAUAAUAAUUUAGUUUUGAUACACAGUAUAUACUCAUUCGAUUGUGCCUAAUGACUUUUUAAUUUUUAAUAGUUAAGGAAGUCACAAUAAAGAAGAAUUGAACUGAGCGAGACCAAGUAUGAGUGUAGCCACAACCCUUGUUUUAGUAGCCUACGUGUAGCCGUACCCUCCCCUGCCAAGGUGAAACCGUUAAACCGUGCCUCCGUUACACCUUGCGGGGAGAGGGUACGGCUACACGUAGGCUAUUGUUUUAGUUACGUCACGCAACAUCCCCUCCCCAAAAAAGUGUUGGUAGGGAAGGGAGCUCAUGCGCAGCUCAGUGCGCCACCAGACUAAACAACGAUUGUGAUAGACUAGAGUAAGAUGUAGAGAGGGGAAGAUUGGCACGAAACAUUUAUUUAUUUAUUUAUGAAAUUUAAAAAACGAUCUCUGGCUAAAACUUUUAAAAAUACGAGCUUUCGGCUUUAAAAGUUUUAGCCAGAGAUCGUUUUUUAAAUUUCAUAAGAUGUUUUAUCCUGGCUGCGGCCCCUCUAUCUUUUCAUUUAUUUAUUUAGAUGUUAUAUCGGCUGGUUCCAUCAAGAAGUGGGGUUGAGGAGCUGCGGUACCUCGUAUAACUGAGCUACAGUAGUGCGAAGAUUGCUUUGUGACUUAGUAGUAUUGAAAUAAUACAGUGGUGUCAAUCUACUUUUAGGUGGAGCGCUAUGAUUUUAAAAGAGGUGGACAUCAAGCCGGAACAGGUCAUUUUACCCAAGUAAUAUGGAAGGAUUCGAAGGAGCUGGGCAUGGCAAGGGCUAAAAGUUCUGAUGGAAGUGUAUACGUGGUGGCAAGAUACCGUCCUGCUGGAAAUAUGUUAAAUUCCUUCAAUGAUAACGUCGUUCCAAAGGUGAGGCUGGCUAAAAUUUACCCUCCAGUGAUAUGAUAUUGUGGUAAAACUGGUAGUGAGAAUAGCUUAACUGUAAAUUUUGAGUUAAAAUAACGGGAAUUAAUUUGGUGAUAAAAACUGAAGGCAGUCGAGCGCUUUCGCAGUGAAAUAGAGGAUAUCCUUUGCUUACGUGUCAUAAAGGCCCAAAUUUUGAAGUAUUGCUCAUUUUUUUGGUUAUUGUUUGACGCAGGUGUCAAUGGAAGAGGAGCAUCAAACGCAAGGUAAGUCCAUUUUUAUACAUUUUAUGGACUCGAUCCCUUUAUUUUAAAAGUAGUGUCAAAAAUUCAAAUCAUUCUUUCCAGUGAAACCUUUUGUCUUUCACUUUACAGACCAGAUAUUUCCGCAAGAAAUCGUGACCGAUGUGCAAGAUUCUACCUCAACAAAGCGUAAGAGAACUUCAAUUAUCUACAAUUAGCUUACCGGUGGGAGGACUGAUGCACGAAGAAGAUCAAUGAAAAACGAGGGUAUCCUUAAGAACGAUUGUACUUAUCGGGCGGAGGGGUUAGAAUGCGUGGUUUGGAAUCGCUAAGGGUGCUCCAGUCCUAAAUAGACUUCCCAAUACUGAAAAAAUGCAGAUCCCUUGGGCUGCGUUGAGCUCACUAAGGAGCGCAGACGUUUUCAGAUUGUUGCCGUAUUUUUUGUCUUUUUGAACAAAAAGAAUGGGUUUUCGCCUGAUGAACAUGGGACUGUCAUAUUAACGUGACUCCAAAUUUGGUUUUUCUUUGCAUACUAAUUAAUACUAAUUAGAAUUUUGUCGAGAAUUUCUCCCCUCCCCUCCCCCUCCCCUCCCCCCCACUCCUCCACCGGCUUGCUGUGACUUUAUUUGGGGCUAUAAUAUAAAAUCUUCUGAGCAUUUUCCGAGGAUAUUUUUCAUAGAAUGACUCCCUUUACUUUUCAUUCUGGACACAAUUCUUUAGUUUCAGGUUCCUUCAUUGAUGCUGUGUUAAAAGCUCACAAUGAACUACGACUCCACCACAACGUACCUUGUCUUAAAUGGUCAUCGGCGUUGUCAAAAGACGCGCAAGCUUGGGCCGAGAAGCUGUCACGAAACGACGAACUGCGUCACGCACGCAAAGAAGAGCGAAAUUUCAAGGGUGAGAAUAUUUGCCGCAUGUCUGACCACUAUGAUGUUGCUGAUGCUGUCAGAAUUUGGUAUUCGGAGGUCAAUAGUUACAAAUAUGACUCACCAGGGUUUAGCCAUGAUACUGGUCACUUCACCCAGAUUGUUUGGCGUGAAACGUCCGAAGUCGGAGUUGGAACCUGUAAGAGUCGAGAUGGAAGACUAACUUACAUUGUAGCUAGGUAUCAUCCGGCGGGGAACGUGUUAAAAAGGUUCAAUGAAAAUGUACUACCGUCAAGUAGUUCAAGUAUAUAAUUACUGAAUGUACAAGGAGUAUCCAAUAAUGUCAAAAAGUCAGACUACCAGGAAUUACCGUGUGUGUUAAGAAAAUAAACGACGGUAUAUGAUAACUGAAUGGUUCAAUCAUUGCGCAAUUCAUUUCAGUGGCUUUUCUGUGCUGUGAGAUUUGAUGCACUGGAGCAAAGACAAGUCAACGUGGUUAGCAGCGACCGCGCGCCUUCGUAAGGUUUUGUUCUUAAAUCUUCGCCUCGUACAAAUUUUGCUAAUUUUCGUGCAGUUUUUUUUUAAUUGACUCACUACUGCAAUCAGGUGGCUCUGCCGCUUCAUCGACCUCCCCGAAAAACCGCUAGGUAGGCAGGCUACCACCCAAGCUCACGAUGUCCUUGGGAAUCCUGUGCUUCCCGCGUUUUUCGCGCAAACUGAGAAACUGGGUACUAGUGGAAUCGAAUUGAACAUGGCGACGACCUCGAAGUGUACGUGGAAGGAGGUUGAACUCCGUUGUUGGGAUUCGUUGUCUCAGGGAAUUGAUAAUGUUUGUGCCUGUUAAGCAAAACAUAUGUCAUAUCUUAUAUUAAUGGCCUUUCUGGACACGAAUCGCAAAAAUGGCUGCCUAGCUUCGCGCUGGGAACAAAUCCCUCUCGCACUGUUUCCAAUUUAGCCAGGCGACAGCGUCACAAUAUAUGAUACAAAGAUGCUAUUAGAGGUGAGCUAAGUUACUCCAAAAAACAUAUGUAUACACGUUGCUUACAUUAAUUUUUUUUAGAUUCAAACAAUUCUUACCAGGAGUAAUCAAACAUUAGUAAAGUGCGUUCGAUCUUUAUUGUAUAAGUCAUUUCGAGAUUUUACGCAGUUCAAAUGUAUUUGCUGCAUAAAGUGCAUUUCGAGACUGGGGCCGUAUUAUGUCGCUUUUGGGCAGAUUUAUUUAGAGGGAUCCUCUAGAGUGGUUUGUAAGUAUAUUUUAGCAAUGGUUCUACACAAAAGUUUAUGCAUGGUUAGAUGCAGAUUAACCAUAAACCUAGCUAAGCUUCAGCAUUAGCAGUAUUACAUAGAAAAUAAUACAUGGGCGCGCGUAGAUAUGGAAUUUCUUUUCGAGUGUUCAACUCAAUAGCUCACAAAUGAAUACAGCAAAUGAAAGAAAUGUUGAGUUGAAAACAAGAGGAGAAAUUUCAUAUCUGCAAGCAACCAUGUAUUAUUUUGUUUAUCAUAUAAACACAAUAGCCCUUUACUGACAAGAAAAGUCAACUCUAUUGGUGAAUAAAAGGAUCUUCCUUGAAUAAAAAUCAGUGUUGGCACUGAGGUUUGAGAUAAAAAAAUGUGUUGAAUCAGUACAAAAAACAAACAAUGGGCACUCUAUUCUUGCACUGUUACCUUCAUCAUCAUGCAUUUGUCUAUCUUCGAAUCCAUCAUUGCCAUUUGCACACCAGUCAGCCCAGUGAAUACAAAUCCAGUGUACAGUUCUCUAUUAGUCUGACCUGUGCUUGUCAGCUCUUCCAUGCACAAGAGAGCUGUUUCCCAUAUUCUGUUUGAUGUGGCUGCAGCGAUGAAGACCUUAUUACCCAGUACAAAACAGCCUGCCAGGAGGGAAGACUCUGCAAAGAUCCAACAGACCCUCAGAAAAAUCCUCGAGCUUAUAGACAGUCUAAUUGCCGUUUUUUGUAGCACUGGGGAGACUCAUCCAGCUCAGUCACCAGAACCUUCCCACAUCAUUCUAAGCACAGCCCGGCAGUGAUGGAAGUAUAUAAACCCUCUCCGGAAACAGAUAAAGCUGUUGAUGUAACACCAUUCACAGUAAAUCCCUUUGGUGUUCAUGAAACCCUGACACUCUGGUCUAAGGCAAUGUUGGCAAAGAACUUUGGCUGUUCAACUGGUAUGGCAUACGUUUGAGCUAUCUGAGCUCCAAGGCUGCAAUGUAUGUGGAGUAGCAAACAAGAAGCCAUUGGAUCCCAAAGAAAUAAAUAAGAGUAAUGAGCUUUUUUUCCAGUGUUUUCUGACACCCCCAUCUGAACGUGAGCUACUUUGGCAUGACUGUCAAUAGGCCCUAGACACUUAUCUGCGUUCACAUAUACUUGAUCAGUGUAAUAUUUAGACAAGUGCAUGAUCUUUUUUUUACCUCGACAGCUUUAACCUAAACAUACAAUAAAGACAUAACAUUAAAGAACAAAUAAUGGAAGAGAAACAGUGACCUGGAGAUAAGGUCUUUAAUAAGUCACUCAUUCAAUAACUGGGUCGAUUUGCACAUUUAAGUUUUUUGUGACACAAAAAUCUCAUGCAAAGCUGAAGACUUUUAAACACUUAAUGAAUUAUAGGAAACAAUUAAAUUUUUUAAACAAAAACUGAAAAAUAUUUUGGUGCCAAAUAAAAGUACUGGUAAACAAGAUGUAGGGUUACCAGUUGAUAUAGGCACCUCCUCGAUUGAGUGGCAUCUCUCUUAUUGAUUUCAAAUUCUUAAGACAAAGAUCUCAGGCUAGAAUCAAGUUAAUUAUUCACAUCUUAAUAACUUUCAAAAACAUUUUUUACGAAUUACUGGUGGAAUCGUGACAAGUCGUUUCAACAUUUCAUCAAAACGGCAGCCAUUGCAUCCUAUAGAUGUUGAGAUAUGCAAAUGUUAUCAAAUUCUUUCAAUUCAUUGCCAGGUCAAUUCCAAGAAAUCAAAGAAUCAUUGCUUGUCAUGAUUCAGAAUUUAUUCACCAUCAAGAUGUGACUGGAUUGGAUUGGCAAUCUAUUACAUGAAUCACCAGCCAUGAUAAGUGAAAUUUUUUUAAAUUGAUUCCUAGAAUUUAACAUUACCAAUAAAGCUAAAUAAUGGUAACACUUUUCAAAUAUUUCAAAUAGAAAAUACAAUGCAUACUGUUUCCUUAUCACUGUCAUAGCAUUUAUCUAGACCUUAGAACUUCAUCACACUUGUAACACUAUACCUGUAUUGAUACUCAAUCAAAUACAUCAAAUCAAAAUGUUCCAAUCAAUGAGAUUACAGAGCUUGACAAUAUUCUUUAAAAUCUAAAGUGAACUUUUGGUAUAGUGAAAAACCUAAUUCAGGGUAGUUUAAAACCUUUACCCUUUAACUCCCAGAUCAAAUUUGUAAUCCUCCUUACCGUCAACCAUACAAUUCAUAUAAUGUUAGUUCUGAGAAUUUAGUAUUGGAUCAACUUAUUAUCCCCAAAUUCAUGUUUUUCUCAUCACUUAUCUGGUUGAUAUUGUAUUGAUAUUGUAAGGAGAAAUUCUGUCCUGGUCACUCAUGGGAGUUAAAGGGUUAAAUGUGUAUUCAUUUGAUCAUUUUCUAAAAGCUUAUACAUUGACAUUACAAACUAAAUCUAAAAAACAACUUUCCUCUCUAGGUCUUGUCAACUACAGCUAUUUAAGAAGGUGAAUCACAUCAUUUAAGUGACAAAUUAUCUCCUAUAUUUCAUGGAACUCACAGCAUACCAAAGUCUUAGUUGACUACAUGUUGGAGGUGAUUGUAAAAGAGUAAGUUUCAAUUCAUGCAGUUACAAUUAAAUUUAAUCACAUGAAACUGCUCAAAAUUUAGACAAAAAAAUUGAUCAACUACAGGUUUACUGAAUGAUUAAAUGACAAAUUGUCCAAUUGUACUGCAAAAUAAAUUUUGAAAAAAUUUACAUAACCAAUUCAUGACACACUUCAAAUAGAUUUUAGUAAUCAAAAUACACCUUUAGGUCACAACUACAGGAUAAGGCCAAACUCUCCCCAAAGUGUUUUUAAUGCUUCAAGUCAAAGUUUAUUUUAUGCCCACUUUAAAUAUCAUUUACUCCUUUUAAUUCCUCAGUUUUGCAUCGUGCAUUCUGUAGUAGGCUUAAAAAAAUCACAUAAUCAGGGAAAUGAGUGUGCACACAUUCUGAGAACAGGGUAUUGUUUUCAAUUCAGGGACCAGGUAAAGAGGUGCAAUGGUCUUUAGCUCUUGAACAAGCUUGGUGACCUACACUGGAAAGCUAAAAAAUAAUUAUUCUUGCAUGUAUGAAACGUGUUACUUGAGGAUUGUCAGUUAUGACCUUGAAAGAAACAACUUGAGGAAUGUUUUGAGUUGAUGCCAUUUAAUAAUUAGUAAUAAUGUAAUUUGCUUGGUUUGAUGACUUAUUGGCUUUUGGUUGCAUCAAGAAAAUUUUGGAAGUUAAAUUUGGUCUUCAUCUGUUUAAUCAGAAAGCCUUGUUCACUUCUAAAAAAUUAACCUUAUUUCUGUUUUUUCUUUUUCCUGUGUUACAUGAAAUGCCAGUGGAAAAUGUAUUUUGUAAUGUUUCAGAUUGAUUAACAAGUGUGUUUUGUGUGUAUGUAUAUAAGGAAUUUAUGCAUGAAUGCUCUGGUAAUGAUUAAGCUGUAGGAAGUCUUGUGGGAUGCAUUUUGCUAUUUUAAGAUAUUGCAAGUUAUUCAGCACCAUUCAAAGGCAUCUCUUACACCCACUUUUUUUCUUUCUGCAUAUGAACUUUGAUGUGAACUGUAGGAGUAUUUAUCUUCUCAGUGUUAUAUUGUAACCAUUAAAUGCUCACCAACUUCAAUAAAUGAGAUGCUUGCAUCUGGAACUGUUUGUUCUGUUUACUUAAGAUUUACUACAAAGUAUUUAAUAUUCGUUUCAGGCUGAUUAGAGCAUAACAUUUUUUAACAAACAUUGCAUUAUUUCACAAUUUCACACUUUUUUAUUCUAAUUUUUUUCUGCUUUUGUCCCUCACAUUUUGCUUGUCUAAGACUGUAGUUCAGGCAGUGAAAAGCUCAUAAUUUUUUCAAUUUUUUUUAGUCAGAGAUUGUUCUUAAAAUUUUUACCAUGUCUUAUACUGGCUGUGGUCCCUCAAUAUUUUCACAUCUUUGAGAUUUCUAGCAAGGAAUCUAAAUGUGUGUUCCAUGAACAAACACACGAAUUCCGUGUCCUACUGUGAUACCCAGUUGUUACAAUCAGGAUUUAUAAUGGUAAUGUAAACUGAGUGGAGUGCAAUUUGAUCUGGAAUUAAAUGUGUGAUUUGAAAUCACAGGUAUGAUUUCUCACCAAAAUUGCACAAUAUGAAGUUCAGAACCACUUUACUAUAUCCAUUUUGAAAUUGCUCAGAUUCAGGAGUUUUAAGUCUGUACAAAUGUUUUGUUAAUCCAUAAGUGGGCUAGUCGGUAGGAAGUUGCAAAAGUUGUUUUUCAUUUUCUUGCAAAUUGAUUGGUUUUUUUAAACAAUCAAUUGGUUGUUUUUUAGUAAACUUAGCCUCUCUUUUGACAGGGAAAAAGAUGCAACUCAAAACAAGAAAUGGUGCCAUUUGUGAGGAUAUUGUACCAAUGAGAGCUGUUCAGAUUACAAGGAUCACCAGUGAUUUCAAAACGGAUGUAGUAUGAAGAAAUAAUAAUAUAAAAAAAUACAUGCUUUUUAACCUCUGAAGUCUGAAAGAUAAAAACAGGGAAUAUUCUUGACUUGGAAACUUAGUUAAUGUUGAACCUAUUCCUUGACUGUCCUUGGUAAAUAUUCACAUAUUAAAAGAUCAUGCAAAUCAGUAAUUAAAACAUUGUGCUAACUUCCAUCUCAUCUCCAACUUCAUGCUUAUGUCUCAACUUACUGAAAAGUGGUAGCUUCACAAUUGAUUGAUCACUGACAAUUUCAGUAGCUUGUCUAGGUGAAAUCUUUUCAUUAGCAUAAAGGAAAUUUUUAUAGUACUGAGACUGCUUUAGUCAGAGAAUGUAAUUAUGUCAUUUCAGAUAUUGAUAGGAAUCAGACAGUUAUUGUAAUCACUGGCAGAUAAGCUGCAUUCAAAGAUGCAUGGCACCCCAAGUUUGGGCACCUCAAAUUUUAGGAAAGAAGUUUUGAAAGAAAUUGAAUAAAAGUUCAAGAGUAGUCUUGAGAAAAUUGCUGUAUAUUGGUUGUGCUAUCAAAGUUAGACCUGCGGAAACUCACUAGCAUUGAAAAGGGAGAAUCCUUAGCUAUAACUUUAGCUGUAAUAGUAUGGACAUCAUAUCUACUGAUUUGACUUAUAGUUGAUCUUUGGUAUUGUUUAAAGAAUUACCUUUCAUUUAAACAACCAUAACUCGUUUUGCCUCAGCGCAGUAGAAAUAACUGCAUUGUGUGCUUUGUUACCAAAGAGUUUAGGUGCAAUUUUUAUGUACUUACACUGGCUCCUUGUGGAGUAGCAAACUAUUAUCAAAGUUUAUUGCUUAUGCACAAGGGAUUAAAUUAUCUUGUGCUUGCAUAUAUUAGUCAUCUAUUGGUCCCUCCCAUGCUCUCUAAAAGAAGUAUCUUUUAGAAUUUCAAAAGACUAACUUGAAAACCCAGGGUAAGAGGGCCUUGUCUGUUGCUGCACCAAGGCUAUGGAAUAAUUUACCUC